CAAUCACAACAAUCACAUUUCUUUGUUUUCAUACGAGAAAAAUCGUUUAUAAUUCUAGUCCCGCUUAACCUUUGUUCAUCUCCAUGGGAACCCUGUCCUACAUCUCCCUCACCCUUGUUCUCCUCCUCUUCAUCAAAUUUUUGUUGUUCUCCAAGAAUCGGAAAACCCUCCCUCCAAGCCCUCCAUCGCUUCCCUUCAUAGGUCAUCUCUAUCUAUUCAAGAAUCCCCUCCAUCGCGCCCUCGCUCGCGUUGCCGACCGUUAUGGCUCCAUCCUCUUCCUUCAUUUUGGCUCCCGCCCAGUCCUCGUCGUCUCCUCUCUUUCUGUCGCCCAUGAGUGCUUCACAAUCAACGACAUUACUUUCGCCAACCGCACCCACCUCCCUUCAUCAAAAUACAUCAACAAUAGUAACACUAAUCUUGGUUCUUCUGACUACGGACCCUAUUGGCGCAACCUCCGCCGCAUCGCCACCAUUGACGUCCUCUCCAACCACCGCCUUCUCUCCUCCUCCGAUGUUCGGACUGCGGAGGUACGACUCCUGGCCCGCCAACUCUUCCAAAAGUGCAAGGCCGGAGCGGAGGGAUUUGAGAAGGUGGAGUUGAAGUCAAAGCUUUUCGAGUUGGCGCUGAACGUGAUAAUGAUGAUGAUUGCUGGGAAGAGGUACUACAUCGAUGAGGUGGAGGUUGUGGAGGAGGCGAGGCAGUUUAGGGAGACAGUGGAGGAAACCUUCAUGGUGGGUGGUGCGACGAAUCUACGGGAUUUCUUGCCGGUGUUAAGGUGGUUCGAUUACCAAAUGAAGAAGAAGUUGGUGAGGUUGGAGAAGGGGAGGAGUGAGUUCAUGCAGAGACUGAUAGAUGCCGAAAGAAAGGAGAGCAAGGAGGAAGGAGGAGAGAGGAACAAAAAAACAAAUAUGAUUGCUCAUCUGUUGUCGUUGCAAAAGACGGAUCCUGAGAACUACACUGACGAGACAAUAAAAGGGCUUAUCACGAGUUUAUUACUAGCAGGAACAGAUACUUCAUCUAGUACUAUUGAAUGGGCAAUGUCACUCCUACUCAACAAUCCAGAGAAAUUGCAGAAGGCUCAGACAGAGAUUGAUGAGCGUGUCGGAAAUGAGCGCCUGCUAAAAGAAUCGGAUCUUUCUGAUCUUCCAUACCUCCAGUGUAUCAUCAGGGAAACACUUCGGAUUUGCUCCCCUGCCCCACUCCUGGUGCCUCACGAAUCAACAAAUGACUGUGUCGUUGGGGGCUUCGAUGUUCCACGUGGGACAAUGCUAUUGGUUAAUGCAUACUACAUUCAUAGGGACCCUAAGAUAUGGGAGGAACCUACAAAGUUCAAGCCUGAGAGAUUUGAGGAUGGCAAGGAUGAAGGGAAGCUGAUGAUUCCAUUUGGGAUGGGAAGGAGGAGGUGUCCAGGGGAAGGCCUGGCGAUGACAGAGGUUGGGCUGACACUUGGGACCUUGAUCCAAUGCUUUGACUGGAAGAGGAUGGGAGAAGAACCGGUGGACAUGACUGAAGGCUCGGGGCUGACCAUGCCCAAGGCCGUUCCACUGGAAGCAAUGUAUCGUCCACGCCGUGCCAUGGUUCAUGUUCUUUCAGGACUUUGAGUCAUUGGGAUUUGCGUUUUUAUGUGAUUGGAUCUGUAGCCCAGAAGACUGGAUCUUCAAUUUGUAGUCAAGUGAUACGUAUUUCGUCUUGUGUAGUAGAUUUAUUUUAUGAUUGAUACUACCACUCCCUCGAGGCAGUGCCCGCACAGGAGACCUGUCGUGGGGAUUUUUUUUUUUUGAUGUAAUAAAGUUUAUCUAAAACGCUUUUAUGUACAAUCUAAAUCGUUUGCUUCUUUUGUUGGGGCAAAAGACGUAGAAGGCUAAA